AUGGCUGACAAUGACACUAAAGCAACCGCCCAGGUUGAAGAUGUUCACAACAACCCUGGCGAGUGGAGUCUUUCAAGCGUUCUGCCCGAUACCGGCACGCCGUGGUAUAAGCAGCGUCACUUGCUGCUGCUCAACCUCGGAAUGAUCAUUCCCUACCUAUCUUCGACUACCAACGGCUAUGAUGGAUCUAUGCUCAACGGUCUUCAGUCGAUGAGCCAGUGGCAGCACUUCUUCGACUCGCCGACCGGAACCCGUUUGGGAUCACUCUCCAACGGUGUCAUCUUUGGUCAGAUCCUCGCCUUUCCCAUCGCUCCGUGGCUAUGUGACCAUAUGGGCCGACGCUUCCCGAUCUUUAUUGGUUCGGCUCUUUUGGUGAUUGGUGCUUUGCUUCAGUGUGCCGCUCAGAACUAUGCCAUGUUUUUGGCCGCUCGCAUGGUCAUCGGCUUUGGAGGCCUGAUUGCAGUUGAAGCAUCCCCGAUGCUUGUCAGCGAACUUGCCUAUCCAACUCAUCGAUCCGUUCUUGUUGGUUAUUAUAAUAAUUUGUGGUAUCUGGGGGCCUUGCUUGCUGCAUGGGUCACCUAUGGAACGUAUUUUAUGGGACCCGGUGCCUCCUGGGCCUGGCGUGUACCCUCGCUACUGCAAGGAUUGUUCCCUUUGGUGCAAGUAAUUUGCAUCUAUCUGCUUCCAGAGUCGCCGCGAUAUCUGGUGCAGAAAGAUCGAUAUGAUGAAGCCCGAAAGGUACUGACCAAGUAUCAUGCGGGAGGAGACGAAAACUCUGCGCUUGUCGACUUCGAAAUGAAGGAAAUCAUCUUGCAAAUCCAGACAGCCAAGAGUUCCUCGUCAACUGGGUAUCGCGAGUUCCUAAGCACCCGAGGCAACAUGCACCGGCUGUUCAUUAUCAUCGCAGUUCCGUGCAUGAUGCAGCUUUCCGGCAAUGGUCUCAUCGCCUACUAUCUCCAUCUCAUUUUGAACUCCAUCGGCUAUACCUCAGAUCCGCAGCAGCUCCGUAUCAAUGGCGGUUUGACAGUCUUCAAUUUGGGAGUCUCUGUCAUUCUAGCUUCAUUUAUGGAAAUCGUGGGUCGGCGACGCCUGUUCUUAUUCUCCACAAUAGGAAUGCUGUGCUGUUAUGUGAUUUGGACAAUUCUGUCUGCAAUCAACGAACAAAGGGACUUCCACGAUACCUCUCUUGGAGCUGGAGUCAUUGUUAUGAUUUUCAUGUAUCAGCUGUUCUACAAUGCCGGUCUCAAUGGACCACCCUGGGUCUAUGUCACUGAGGUUCUGCCCACUCAUCUCCGCGCCAAAGGCACAAACAUCAUGCAAAUCGCAUCUACUUGUGUCAUUCUUUUCAACGGAUACGCGAAUCCUGUGGCAAUGGAUGCAAUCAGCUGGAAGUAUUACAUUGUCUACUGCUGUGUGAUUGCUGUUGAAAUUGGUCUCGUCUACUUUGGAUUCCCCGAGACCAAGGGGCAUAGCUUGGAAGAGGUCGCAUUGAUCUUUGAUGGAGAGGAAGCGUUCGGCGAGGUUUCUGAGAAGCCGACCCCAGCAGAAGUCUAG